GUAAAUGAAUACCCAAGAGAGCAUUCUCCAAGGUAAGAUAUUUAUUAAGAAAGCUUAGCAAUAAGUUUAAAAAACGAGAAAAGGUAUGAUGAAGCUAUACAGAUACUAUCAAAAUGUGAUUAAAAUGACUCUGAGGUUCUUUAUCAUAUUGGAGAUAUAUAUUUAAUAUUUAAGUAUCCAAAUGAAGCUUUAUAAUGUUUCGAAAAUUCCCUCAUCAAAAACCCUCAAUAAGCAAUGACUAUUAAAGAUAUGGGAAGAGCAUUUAUGUUAAAAAAGGAAUACACAAAAGCUGUAAAUAGUUUCUUAAAAGCAUACAAAUUGGAUUAACAACAAUAAGACAUAUUUAAAUUGAUCAGUAUCAUGUUACUUAUUUUUAUUUAGCCAUGUGUUAUAUGGAGAAUGGUGAAUAUGAUAAAGCAUUUGUUUAUGCCAAUCAACAACUAGCUCGUUUUCCAAAAGAUCCUGAUUCCUAUUGUUUGAGAGGUGAGUUUUAAAAUAUUUUGAUAGGUAAAUACUAUUUAAACACAUGUAAAUAUGAGUAAUCAAUUGACAGUUUGAAUAUAUGUUUGAAAUUGAGACCUAAUAAUGCUUAUGCAUUAGGAACUAAAGGUUAAAGAAAUUGAUAUUCUUUUAAUAGGAUAGGCAUUUAUGAUGCUAGGGAAAAUGCAUGAAGGACAUCAAUGUUUAAAUGAAGCCAUAUCAAUUAAUCCUAAUAUUGCAGAGUUACAUGUUGAUAUUGGUUUACUUUUUGAAGGAAUGAGUAACAUUUACCUUGCAAUUUUAUCAUACGAUCAAGCAUUAUAAAUAUAACAUGAUAAUCCAAUAUCAAUUUAAAGAUUAUGUAUAUAUUUGAUUUAUUAAAAUAGAUAAUUUAAAAUUACAUCAAUAUUAAAAAUUAGAUAAUCACAAGAACACAAAAACUAAACUAUCUUAAAAUUAUAAUGAAAUAAUCACUAAGGUACCUUAAUCCUAAUAAUAUUAUAUUGCAUUAUUCUAUACUAUCUCUAACUUUUUGUAAGGAUAUUUGAAUGUAACAGAUAUUACAAAAUUAAAUUACUAAAAGUAGAUUGGCUAUAUUAAAAAUUUAAUUGAUAUUAAUCAUUAAUUAGGAGUUUUAUGCUCUCCAAUCUCAUCAUUUUUUAGAAUUAUUGAAUGUUACUUAGGUAAAACUAAUUCUGAAAUUUAACACUAUAUUUCGGAAUGGAUUAGUUAGAAAUACCUUAAAACUUUCGCUCUUAAAGAUUUUAAUAUUAUUCUAUCAAAUAUCGUAGGAGAAGCUGUUAUAUACAAAAAUUCUAAACAAUUAUUUAAUCAAGAAAACUAAUAGCUUAAGAUAGAUCAUUUAUAACCAAUAAUACAAAACAGCGAAAAUUAAAUCUUCAAUAAUUAUUAGGCCAUCUUAGGAUUACAUGAUGGUUUAAAUAUGAUUUAAAGAAUGUUAAUUUUUUGUACUCCAUUUUUAAAGACUUGGGAUGCAGAUUUUAAAUCUAUUCUAAUAAAUAUUUUAUGUUAUGAUGAAUGA